GCCCGGGCCGUGCCGUGCCGUGCCGCCCGGCAGUGGGGCAGGCAGGCGGGCGGCCAUGUGGGUGUUUGGGUACGGCUCCCUCAUCUGGAAGGUGGAUUUCCCGUACGAGCAGAAGAUGGUGGGGCGCAUCCUGGGCUACAGCCGCCGGUUCUGGCAGGGCAGCACGGACCACCGCGGCGUGCCGGGCAAGCCUGGAAGAGUUGUGACUCUGGUGGAAGAUCCUGAGGGAUGUGUAUGGGGUGUUGCUUACAGACUGCCACCUGGACAAGAAUGUGAAGUGAAGGCAUACUUGGACUUCAGAGAGAAAGGAGGCUACAGGACUACAACUGUCAUUUUCUACCCCAAAGACUCCUCAGUAAAGCCAUUUGAUGUCCUGCUCUACAUUGGCACCUGUGACAACCCUAACUACCUUGGUCCUGCCCCUCUGGAGGAGAUUGCAGAACAGAUUCUGAAUGCAGUUGGUCCUAGUGGAAGAAACACAGAAUACCUGUUUGAACUUGCCAGUUCCAUCAGAAACCUUGUACCAGAGGAUGUAGAUGAGCAUCUCUUCUCCUUAGAAACACUAGUAAAGAAACUCUUAGAAAAGCAUCAAAACCUCAACAGUCUAUAAAUAGUUGUCAUGGUUUAAGCCUGAACCCAGGACAAUAGUUUAUUUCUUUUAGUGAUCUUAUUUCACCUUCAGAGGAAUGGUUUCAUUGCACAACGGGUAUAUGACUUGGAGGCACAUUUCUCUGUACUAUGCUAUCUUAUUUUAUUAUUCAGAAUAGUAGUUGGUCAUUAAAACACACCAUUACAAACAUAAUUCUUUCAGGAGCCAACAGAAAGGGGAGCAGGGGAAGUGUUUUAUUUAGGUUUGAAUUUGGUAUAUUGGGGUUUUAGCCAAAGACUACAUCUUUCUGGAAGGCUCAAGAGAACUCUUUGUUUGGAUAUUUUAAUUACAAUUUCAGGUUUAAAAGAAAUAUUUAGAGUAUUUUCAAGAUGAAAGUCUGCAUUUAAAUACAACUCCCGUUGGUUUAAGUGGUAGUUCUUUCUGAUUCCAGAGCAAAGGUGAGGGUCUCUGUGCAACUGAAGAGGUAAACGUUAAGAGUUGUAAAUUGCAUAGUAAAUGCACAAUAGAACACUUACCUCUUCAGUGUUCAGCUUCACUGAAGUUAUUCCACUGAAUUAGUCACUUUACCCUUUACAUAUUAGUUUGUCCUUAAACAAAGAGGAUAAAACUUUCUUACUGUCAAGGGAAUACUUCCUUCCCUUGGCUCAUGUCAAACCCCCGAAAGCCAAAGCACAGGAGACUUGGACACAAACAAGCCAUAACUUAUCAGUGCCUCCUUUUAGUUUCUAAUAAGAAUAAAGCCAAAAUGUUAAAAUUCAGAGUAUGAUUUGAAGUCACAAUGCAGCAAGAACAUUCAGAAACUCUCAUCUUUGUUACCUGGCUUUAGAUGCUGUUGUAACCCAUCUUUUAAAGAAAUCACCCAUGUCUGAGGGUAGACUUUAAGCCAGUACUUGUCAACUGCUGUUACAGGGAUUCAUGGACAAAAGGUACUUAAGGAACCCUCUUUCCAGUGUGUUGUACAGGCAUCCAUAGGAAGAGGGUUGGGAAGCCACCAGUUCAGGCUGGCAGGUUUACUUCACACAAAACAGAAGCAAAUGGAGUUUCCGUCCAACAAGGCCUUGUUUUGCUUCUCAGAAAUGUAAGUUAUUUUUGUUCCUUUUUAACAAAUGUAUAUUUUUGUAUGUUAAUAUAGGAAAGGUUCUACUUCAAACACCAAGUAACUUCAAAUGUUCUCACACAGAGAAUGUGGGUUUAGUAGCAGCUUGGAAGCCCAUAUUUUUUAUCAACGACUGGAAACCCCAUAUUAUUCUACUAUACAGGUUGUCUCUUUCUCUUAUUUACAUUUUCUUGUUUUAUAUUUGUAAUUGCUUGAAAAUAUCAGGGUUGUCAGAAUAAGAAGCUGCUAUCCUUUUACUUGGCCAUCUAUAAAAGCCAACAAGAACACAGAUGAAUGUUAACAGGAAACAUUUGGGAAAGGCAGUUGGAUGAGUAGAAAAUAAGAUCCUAAAAUUCAAACCUAAAUUUGAGAUAAUUACACCAGUUAUAAUAUUUAACCAAAAAGCUGGAUUUGUUU